AUGGAAACAAUCAUUGUUAACCCAACCCAAAAUGAAUUUGUAGACUUUAACUCAGUAACCAAUACUGAACAAGAAUUAAUCAUUCUUGAAAAGAACGAGGUAUUGAAUAGAUCAUCUAUUCUACCACAAACUCCUUCAAAGGAACAAAAACUUGAAGAUGUACCAGUCUUUGGUUUUGAUUACGAUGCUAUGGAUAAGAAGGCUUUCUUUGAACAAUUCGGUGCGGAGUUUAUUCCUUCUGAUCUCUCAACAAAAAAGAUAAUUAAACACAUGUAUGAGACCAAGAUUAGAUGUGGUGCCUCCGGUGAUGACCUUCCAACCAUUGAAGAACCUUUCUACAUUGUUGACUUGUCUGAGGUGCUGAGACAAGUUCAAACAUGGAGACAAGAGUUACCAAGAGUUACUCCUUUCUAUGCUAUCAAGUGUAACCCAAAUCCAUACUUUUUGAGAGUGCUUGAGAAACUUGGUUGUGGUUUUGACGUUGCUUCACGUGACGAAAUUGAAUGUGUCAAACAAGUUCUUCCAAACAAUGAUGAACUGGCUGCAAGAUGUAUUUAUGCCAAUCCAUGUCAUCCAAUUUCUCAUGUUAAAUACGCCAGUACAAGCGGAGUUCAACUCACCACUGCUGACAACGUUGAUGAGUUGUAUAAAUUGAAGAAAUACUGGCCAGAUGCACAAAUUGUAAUUCGUAUCAAGACUGACGACAGUCACUCUGUUUGCCAAUUCAGUACCAAGUUUGGUGCUGAACUUGGUGUUGCUUUCGAAAUGGUUGACAUUAUCAAAGAUUUAGGCUUGAAUCUUGUUGGUGUCAGUUUCCAUGUUGGCUCUGGUUGCAAUGAUGUUAAUUCAUUCCUCAAAGCAAUUAGAGAUGCUCGUGCUGUAUUUGACUAUGGCUUUAAAGUGUUGAAUAAGAAAAUGUGGUUGCUAGACCUUGGUGGAGGUUGGCAAGGAAGAAGUAAUGAACACGGAAAUGCUGCUUUCAUUUCUGUUGCAAGAACCAUCAAACCACUUCUUGAUGAACUUUUCCCUGUCAAUAGUGGGGUAAAGAUUAUUGCUGAACCAGGCAGAUAUAUCGCUCACAGUACACAUACCUUGGUCACAUCAAUCUUCUCAAGAAGAAUUGAAAAGUCUAGAGUCUUGUACUACAUUUAUGAAGGUGUUUAUCAUAGCUUCAACUGUCUCAUCUUUGAUCAUGCAGAACCUGAAAUUAAACAUAUCAGCUACGAAGAGCUCGUUUCUGAUAAUGUAAAGGAUGAGGUUGAAGAAAGAGUUGGUCACACCGAUAAGCCUGUUACUUUGUAUGGCAGUACUUGUGAUUCAAUGGACGUCAUUCUCAAAGAUUCCCAUAACAUUCCAAACUGUUUAGAAUGUGGAGAUGUUCUCUUCGUUGAAUUGUUUGGAGCGUAUACCAUUGCUGCUGGUACUUCUUUCAACGGUUUCAAGCUUGCAAAGAUUCACUACAUUGCUCGCAUUGAUUAA